AUGUCGUCUCUAUUACCCUUUUCGCGUCUUCUUACGAGCCUCUUCCUUGUCGUCGCCAUGGCGUGCGGCGCGCGGGGAGCAACCCCCGUGGCACCGGCAACAGGAGGGCGGUACAUCACGGUCGGUAGCACGAGCGAGAAGUUUAACUACGCGUGGAACCCCAAAGUUAACUACGCUAAUUGGGCGUCAACAGACGAAAACACGGUGUAUACCGGAGAUGUGCUAGUGUUUAACUACCCCGCCUACUCCGACGAGGUUUAUAAGUUUGACGACAUCACGGCUUUUCAGCGUGGUGCUGCUGCUAUGGCAGCAGCAGCUAUUGUUGGUGGUGGUAAUGGCGCUACUACUUCAACAUGA